CGCGCAGUGGCACCAUGGGCACAGUGCUGUCCCUGUCCCCCAGCUAUCGGAAGGCCACGCUGUUUGAGGAUGGCGCGGCCACGGUGGGCCACUACACGGCCGUGCAGAACAGCAAGAACGCCAAGGACAAGAACCUGAAGCGGCACUCCAUCAUCUCGGUGCUGCCUUGGAAGAGGAUCGUGGCAGUGUCAGCCAAGAAGAAGAACUCCAAGAAGGCGCAGCCCAACAGCAGCUACCAGAGCAACAUCGCGCACCUCAACAAUGAGAACCUGAAGAAGUCGCUGUCGUGCGCCAACCUGUCCACGUUCGCCCAGCCCCCGCCGGCCCAGCCGCCCGCACCCCCAGCCAGCCAGCUUUCGGGCUCCCAGACUGGGGUCUCCUCUUCUGUCAAGAAGGCCCCGCACCCUGCCAUCACCUCUGCAGGGACACCCAAACGGGUCAUCGUCCAGGCCUCCACUAGUGAGCUGCUACGCUGCCUGGGCGAGUUUCUCUGCCGCCGGUGCUACCGCCUGAAGCACUUGUCCCCCACGGACCCCGUGCUCUGGCUGCGCAGCGUGGACCGCUCGCUGCUUCUGCAGGGCUGGCAGGACCAGGGUUUCAUCACCCCGGCUAACGUGGUCUUCCUCUACAUGCUCUGCAGGGAUGUUAUCUCCUCCGAGGUGGGCUCGGACCACGAGCUCCAGGCUGUCCUGCUGACCUGCCUGUACCUCUCCUAUUCCUACAUGGGCAAUGAAAUCUCCUACCCGCUCAAGCCCUUCCUAGUGGAGAGCUGCAAGGAAGCCUUUUGGGACCGUUGCCUCUCAGUUAUCAACCUCAUGAGCUCCAAGAUGCUGCAGAUCAAUGCCGACCCGCACUACUUCACACAGGUGUUCUCCGACUUGAAGAAUGAGAGUGGCCAGGAGGACAAGAAGCGGCUCCUCCUGGGGCUCGAUCGGUGAGCCCCUGUGGCCGGUAUCCCGGCUCAAGGAUUCCAUUCGUUUUUAAAAAUUUAUUACUAAACGAAUCAAUUUGUGUACAGUAUGUGUCUAGCAAAGCCACCAAGGGCCUCUUCCCAUGUUCUCUCCUUGGGUUUUUUUUUUUUUUUCUUUUUUUUUCUUCCCCAGACCUUUCGAGAACUCUGGGGACUUUCGAACUCAUGAACCUUGUGCAAACCCAGAAGAUGCAUUUAAAGCCACCUAGGCUGCUGAGCGCUCUCUCUGGGGACUCAAGGGACUGACUUGCCCGUGUCGCCUGUACCCAUGCGGGGUCCAGAGUAGAUGAGGCUUUCCCACUGUCCCAUGAUGGGAGCUGUGGCCCAGGAGGAAGUGGCCCUUUUCUGGCGACUGUUUCAUUCUCCCAAAGGCUCCUGGAGCCAGCUGCCCUGACUCAGGUUCCAGGAGGUUCUCAGUGAGGCGAGCUCUGCACUGCCCUGGGCCCUCAGCACAGGAGCCUGGAAGUGGGUCUGUUGCAAAGAUGGUCCAUGACUGUUGACCGUGCUCGGCCCUGUUUUGCUGCUUUGCUUUUGGGCGAAGGGCUUUUCUUUGCUGGCAGGAUGGAUGGAGCUCCCUGCCCUGUCCUUUUGUCUAUGCUCCCGGCUCCCACCUUAGUGUCGGUAAAUGAGGUGGUUUGCUUAGUAGAUUCCUCUCUCAUUUUGGGUCCCAGCUAAGGGGGUGAGGUGAAGCUAGGGGCAGCCCCUUUUCUGAGUGAGUUUUUCAUUUGACUAACGCAGCUCAGUCAUUCUGUGCGAAAGCCAGGACAGUGGCAGGUACCCAUGAGCAACGUUGCCUUCUGGGCAUGUGGGCAUCCAUGCCUGAGAUCAGGUUGAUGCCUGCCCACUUAAGUGCCACGGCCUCUUGCUGGUGAACAUAUUUGUCCUACAAAGCUGGGGUAAGGUGAGAUCAGUUGGCAGGGGUUACCGUGGCAAUGGUGUCUCCCACCCCUACCCCUUGGUAGCUUAAAGCUGUCUCCAGGCAGUUCGGUUUCUCCCAGAGAUGAAGCUUCGCUCUGUGCAACCUAGUGAGACAGCUGCGUUCUGGAGACAAUUGCAAGAUUCGCCUGUGACUCCUGACUGCUCGGGAAGCUUGGUGACUGUCCAGCAGAACACUUCCAGCUGCUCGGGUGUGGUACCCACCUAUCCCUGGCAGCUGCAAAACACACGCUGUGGACUUUACUGGUUUUUCUUUCUAAUUUUCCCAGACUGGUGGCUUGGGGGUUUGGAAGCGGUCCAAGAGAAGGGAGCGAGCCUUCCUGCGUGGCCCUCUCUCCAGCUUUGGGGAACAAAGAGCAAUGUGAAGAUGCUAGCGGGGAGUCUCCUCUUCCCUGUCCUGCUCCCCAGGAAUGGGCGUGGGGGCUAUAGUGGGGAAGGCAGAGGUUAUCUUAUGUAGGAUUAGGUUCUAGGUGGCUGCCAACUUCCACACCAGCGCUACUGAAAAGUCACAAAGAGAAAGCUGUGAAACGGAGGUCUCCCCUAAAGAGGCCUGGAGCAGAGCCUUUCAGCCAACCAGUUCACAGAGGUGGGGAAGAGGACCUGACCCACUGGGACUAGAGAGCCUUUUUCCAGUCCCUCAGCCAGAUUCCUAGAGAGCGAAUCUUGGGCCCUCAUGAUCUGCCAAGGAGCUGGGGAGCCCUGCAAGGCUUGCUGAGCCCGAGCCUAGCUGCAGCCUCUCUGGUCUGACUUCACGCGUGAUCUGUCUUCAGAUUCCGCUGCCACGGUGACCUGUGUGGAGAGCAACUUUGCGCAGUUGGCCCCUGGUGUAGUGGAAGAGGAGCUUCAGGUGUCCAGUCUAAGGAGGAGGGGGUGCAUGUUUGUAGCCCAACUGCUGACGCCGGUCUGGAGCUGUUCACUGAGCUGCAAUCACAGAUUCCAGCUCUAUUGACUGUUAUCUUCUCUUUGUACUUUAAAAAAAAAGUUUUUUUUUUUUAAAAUUUUUGAGGAGGUGCAUAUUUCAGAAGUGGUUGGCGACUAAGGAAAGAACUCCCUAGUUGAUUGUGAAGCCCGUGUGUUCCCCCUUGCACUGGCCAUCAGUACUGUGUAAAGGAACAACUGAUAGACUUGAGUGUUCGAGCAAUGAACCCAUCUGACAUGCUGCUAUGAAGAUACUUUUAGAACAAACACAGCAAAAUAGAAAAGAAAAAAAAAAAGGAAAAUGUGAAAAAAAUCUACAAAAAAUUCCCUUUAUUCUUCGUCGCUUUUACAGUGGUUCCGUGCAUGCAGACCAGGAGCGCUCUGUGUCUUAAGAAAAAUAACCUUAGAACAGAUGGCUGUGGGAAUCACGCCGAGCAGAGGACAAGCCACAGAAGCCGAGUUCAGGACUGGAUUCUUCUCUUUUCCUUACAGCCCUGCGGGGCUGAUAUAUUCUUUCCAUGCAGUUAUUAGAAUUUAGUUUUCUUCCAGCAGUGUUGGACCUGCAAUGAAGAGAACACGUGCCAUCCCGUCCUAGAAUUAUCCAUAGCUGUACAUCUGAUACUGCUAAUUACACACACGUGAUGUAUGGUUUUUUUUUUUUUAGUGAAAUUUCUCUGUAGCUAUUUUUUUGACCAAACUGUGGACACUGUUAAUUUAUAUUUGUCUCAUUCUGUAUGUAUGUGUAGCGUGUUUUGAGUAUGUGUGGUUUAUAAUCUGACAAGAGUCAUGAAGCUCAGUUUGGCUGUAAUUUAAUUCCCCUUCCCUUAUUUUUAUUUAUUUUUGUACUGUGCUGAUUCAAAUAAAAUGCACUGACCAUCCAUUA